AUGGCUAUAAGAAGCAGCAAUCCAUUUUGGAGUAAUGAAGAUCCUUCAUAUGAGGAUCUGACUCUCCCCUGCACUGCCAGACUAGAUGCUUCAAUCCCAGAUCUUGACCCUGAUCAAGCUCGCUCUGGUCUUUCCGUCAACCCUCCUGCCCGCUCUCUGGAUAACCCAUUUGCGACUCCCCCCUCAAGUCCCUCCAUCAGCCCAAUAUCGACCCCACCACCAGCCAUAUCCUCAGACCGAAGUGCUCGCAAAGUUGGCAUCUAUGGUCCUUCCUCUCCUUCACAGACAUCUCUAAGUAGCUUAGCCGAUGAAAGACCCGCCAGCAACCUUCUCCGCUCUGAAUCAUCUACCAAAAAGGCAUCAUUAUGGACAAGAUUCUGGCGUUCGUUGAAUAAUCAGUUCUCCCCCAAGGCCUUCUGGGAACUCAUCCACCCAAAAGAGUACAUCUACCCCAUGACGCCCAAGAAAGGCGCUGCACUUGCAUUAGUCAUGUCCUGCGUUGCUGCACUUGUUAUAUCGAAUUGGUUCACUGGUUGGAUGGGAAAGGCUAUUGCACAAACUCGGAGUUACAUGCUACCUGUUCUCGUCAUUGUUCUUACUCUUGAACCUCUCAUGUUUCUUAUAAUCUUGUCUAUUGCCAGAGUCCCGCCUUAUAACCCUCCCAAGACGCAUUCCUUUCCAGUUGUGCAGAAGCAUGCAGAUGAGAAGAGUCCUGGCGAUCUAGAGCGGGGCGUGGUGGCGGUCAUCACGGAGGCCUGGGAAACUGCCUUUGUGAUUCCCUGCCACAACUCGGAUCGAGAAGCUUUAAUAAAGGUGAUUGAAUCCGCAUAUCCCCAUUUCCGACCCCAAGACAUCUUCAUCAUCGAUAACGGUCGAUCUCGUCAUCCACAAGACCUCUCCUUCCGCCACUGGCUCAAGAAUCUUCAUCCCGAUCUCGUCUAUAUCUGGUCCCCCAUCGGUUCCAAGAACGCAGCUCAACUCGUCGGUUCCCUAGCAGCCAAAAACUACAAAUACAUCCUAACAACAGACGAUGACGUCUCUCUCCCCGAAAACUACCGUCAUCCCAUUCAUCUUAUGAACGACCACCAACGCGCCGUUGCUUUUCCCUUAGCUGGCACCGAUGCAGAUGGCAACACCCCACUAGGCAUGGUCUCUUGGCAAGAUUGCGAGUACCGCAUGGCCGGGCUUGUCAAACUCGCUGAGGAUCGUACAUGCGGCGUUAACUUUCCCCACGGCGCUGGGUGGUUCGUUGAUCGCGAUGUAUUCGUUGAGCUGCUUUCGAAAUAUCAUCCUAUGGAUUUUAUUGCCGAGGAUGCGAACGCCGGGUUCUCUAUUAUGCGUCUUGGGAAGGGUAUUGCUUUUGAUGCGCAAGUUACUCUGGCGACUGAAGUUCCAGCGACUGUGCUUGGUCCGGGGCUGAACUGGUGCAAGCAGAGGAUCAAGUCAUGGGAGAUGGGAAGACAUAGUCUGAUCUGGAAGAUAAUGCGUCACCUAUUCCGCAUGAACGGCCAACGAACGAUUCAAGGAGUUCUCAUGCAAAAGGGUCUAUUUCUUUACAUCCUUGCCUGCCUAGUCAUCGACUGGGUCCGCAUUCCCGUCCUAGUCGCUCUCGGCGCGCAUAAGGAAUACUGGAUCUUCUUCUUCGGUCUCGCCUUUGUCGCCUGUCUUCCUCCCCUACUCUACAACUAUCUCAGCUGUUGGCAUUGUCCUGAUAUGCGCAUUGGACUUGUCACCAUCGCCACUUAUCCUAUUUACAAGCAGCUGUACAGUUUCGUCUCGGUCUUUGGGGCUGUUCGAUGGGCACUGUUUUAUAUCGGGGGACAUGUUAGAGCGAAGCCUAUUAGGAAGAUGCUCAAGGAUGGAGAUGAAGCUUGCUUUUGGCUUGAUCCCAGAUUUAAGACCAAUCCUGCUUGGUUGGCUGAUGAGAAGGAGAAGAUGCUAGCUGAUGAAUUGGCAAUGGCAGUGGUUGGAUCGACAUAA